UCGGGUCGGGACGCUGCGCGGAGCCGGGCCCAUGGCCGCCGUCUUCCUAGUGACGCUGUACGAGUGCUCGCCGCUCUUCUACAUCGCCGUCGUCUUCGUCUGCUUCCUCGUCACCAGCGGCCUGGUGCUGGGCUGGUUCGGUUGGGAUGUUCCCGUGAUCUUGAGAAACUCGGAAGAGACAGAAUCCAGCGCAGGAGUAUCUAAAAAGCAGAUGAGACAAGUGAAGAACCCUUUUGGCUUGGAGAUCCUUCAUCCUACUGCAGCUUCAGUAACAAAGGGCAUAACGUUGAAACCCGACUGCCUGGAGGAUUGUUUCCUUACAUGCUAUUGGGGGUGCAGUGUGCAAAAGCUAUAUGAAGCUUUGCAGAAACACAUCUACUGCUUCAGAAUAAAGACUCCGCAAGCACUAGAAGAUGCUCUGUACAACGAAUACCUCUAUCGACAGCAGUACUUCAUUAAAAAAACCGACAAGGAAGAGAAAUAUUGUCAGUUAUCAGAAGAUGCUCAAAUUACAGAUUUUGGCCCCGUGCCCAGAUCUCGCUACCCACUAGUAGCUCUGUUGACUUUAGCUGGAGAAGAAGACAGAGAAAUAUAUGACAUUAUUUCCAUGGUGUCCAUAAUUCAUGUCCCUGAUGAGAGUUACAGACUUUCCUGCAGAGUAUUGUAUCAGUAUCUGCUUCUAGCCCAAGGCCAGUUCCAUGAUCUAAAGCAACUCUUCAUGUCUGCAAACAGCUCACCACCCACCGGCGAUCCCCCCCCAGGAGAGAGAGACGCUGACCGAACCUUGCUGGAGAAGGUCGGGCUGGCCGAAGACGAACCCGAAUGGCACGAAGAAACCAGUAAAGACUGCGUCGUCUGCCAGAACGCAACAGUGAACUGGGUCUUGCUGCCCUGCCGGCACGCCUGCUUGUGCGACGGGUGCAUGAAGUACUUUCAGCAGUGCCCCAUGUGCCGGCAGUUUGUUCAAGAAUCUUUUCCGCUUUGCAGUAGGAAGGAGCAAGAUGAAGAUGAGCCCAAGCCUGUUUUGUAGAACGCUCCCCGUGGAGGAGACGUUGGGUGGAAAAGCAAGAAAAAUGAACUCGUAUGUUGAAGCUGACGGUGCAGAACCUCAAGCACUUCGAGUCCUUGGGAGCAUAUGCAGUGCAAUUGGAUUUGCUGCUCAUGGGUAGAUCACUUGUAAGCAGCUUUUAUAUAUCCACAUUCCUUUAUACCUACAGAGGCACAGCAUGUGCACUGAUAACGUGGACAGAAGCGUUGUGGGAGAUGUUCAGGAAGAAGAGAAAUGUUUAUCCGGCUACUGGCUUUUCAUGAAGAAUUACUAGCGGUUACUUUGACUAGUCCGUCUCCCUAAUCUAACUACUAAAUUAAAAAGAAUAAAAGUUUAUCACUAAAGCUGAAAACUAUUCACUACUCUUAAAUGUAUUUAUAGUUGGUUUUUUUAAAUGUGAAGCCAGAAGAAAAUAUACUUUUACUCCAGUAUUGUUUAGAAACUGUAGCACUUUAUAGACCAUGACUGAAGUAAAGGAAGAAAAGCUUGAGUAUAGACUAUGUGUAUUUCUUUUGUAGCUGGCUUGGCCAUGGAAGGAGUAGGAGCCACUUGACUCCUGUCUAAGUCACUGGAAGCAUAGAUGCUUGGGGCAUUUUAAAUGUUUCAGAGAGAUUUUCCUUAUGCACAAUGCAUAAUCCAAUGCUACUUUAAGUCAGCGAAGUGACUGCCAGUGAUUCCAGUUAGCCUUAGUGUUGGGCCAGUAGCAGCUUUCAAGCUAGUAGAAAGUCUCAGCGCACCUAGCACAUAUAAAUUGCCACCUUGAAUUGGUUUGUGCUUUAACUCUAGCUAGUGGGAAAACAGUGGGUUAUGAAGGACUAAGAUUUGCAUGGAAAACAGGCUAGUGAUUUUCUAGGGGAAGUUAAAUUAGGCAGCAAAAGGUAAAAUGGGUUUCCAACACUCUCUUAUUUGUCAUUCUUCAUGGAUGGGAACAAGCUAACUCUGUUACUUUUCCUCGCAUCAGUAGACCCAUGAAACAUGGUGGAGAAGGAAAGGAAGCUGAAGGAUAUAAAAGGAUGACUGUCUUUUCUGGUGUGUUACUAAGAUAAUAAAAAUGGUUGU